AUGGCACCAUCUAUUCCUCGAGUCUGGUUGAUUACCGGGUCUUCUAGCGGAUUCGGCAGGGCGAUGGUGGAAGAGGUCCUGCGUAACGGCGAGAUUGCAGUCGCAACGCUGCGCAAGCCCUCAGUCCUUGAUGGCCUCGCAGCCCAAUAUCCGCGCACCCAGCUCCUAAUACUCCCACUGGACGUGACGAACGAGGCGCAGGUCAAAUCUGUCUUCGUACAGGCCAAGGAUGCCUUUGGGCACGUCGACGUCGUGUAUAACAACGCAGGGCAGGUGUUAUAUCAGGAGGUGGAGGGGAUGCCAUUGGACCGUGCCAAGGCGCUGAUGGAUGUCAACUUCUGGGGCGCGGUAACGGUAAGCUUUGAGGCCAUUAGAUUCUUUAGAGAAGCGAAUCCGAAGGGUGCUGGGGGGGUGCUCGUCCAAGUAUCGAGCAUGACAGCAACUACCGCGAUCCCGCUGGUCGGGUUCUAUAACUGCACGAAAGCAGCCUUGGAUUCGUUCACCGAGGUCCUGGCACAGGAAGUCCUUCCCGCUUGGAACAUUCGUUUCGUAAAUGUCCACCCAGGUUGGACGCGCACACCCAUUUCAUCAAGUGAGAUGCUUGAGCCUCCAGCAGUGUACGCAUCGGAACCAGCAGCCGUAACAACGAAGAUGCGUGCUGGGUUUGAUGCGUUCAUCGGGAGCGAUGCGCUUGCUGCCGUUGAGGUUGUGACAAAACGCAUUUGGUCGGUGACACGGAUGGACGACGAGGACCUGCGCAAGGGUAUGCAGGAGGGCAUUCCAGGCCUCGUGAACGUGCAUACGGGGAUGGACUCGCUGGGAUUUGUGCAAGCAAAGAUUGGGCGGCUGCAGGGCGAACUGAUGUGGAAUACGAAGGUUCAUUAUGAGUACUAG